CGGGGCGGGGAGUGUUGGCGGCGAUGGCGCCGCCAGGGUCCGGGGACGGCGGGCCCUGCCUGCGCUCCAUCAACACCGGAGAGUUCUCCGAGGUCGUCUUCAACAACCGCAGCCCCCGCUUCGUUCUCCCCAUCUGGGUGGAUUUCGACGGCCGACCGCGCACCUACCCGGUCCUGCAGCCGCGCACCGGGCGGGUGAUGCACAGCUACCGGGGUCACCUCUGGCUGUUCCGCGACGCCGGGACGAACGAUGGUCUGCUCGUCAACCGGCAGGAGCUCUUCAUCGCCGCUCCCAACGUCAACACCGCCGACAUCACGCUGCCAGUGUUCACUCUGAAGGAGAGGUGUCUGCAGGUGGUGCGCAGCCUGGUCAAGCCCAUGGACUACAGGAAGCUGGACAUUGUGCGGUCCUUGUAUGAAGACCUGGAAGAUCAUCCCGAUAUUAAGAAGGAUCUUCAGAGGCUUUCUCUGGAGAAAAGUGAAACGUUGAGGAAUGCAGUUCUGAAAUAAGAUGAUUACUCACUCUGGACUCUUUAAAUAGCAAACUACUGAGUUUGAGCAGGCAUAGUCACCCCAAAACCUGACAAGAACUAAUGACUGUAUUCUAAGUUCUGAAACACAGAUUCAGCUCCAUUGUAGAAAACUUGCUAUGGUGGUGAGUCAGAUCCGAAAGACUUAGCAGCACGUAGAAGCGCAGCAGGUUCCUGAUGGUUCAGUUCUGUUUGUUGGUAGAAAUACUGCAAACUGUUGACUUGAGAGGCCUUGUGCAGGUGAAGCUCAGAGAAGUUUUGUUUGCACCAUCUGAGAACACUGCAUAGGAAUAUCAGGUCAGGCCCUAUCUGAAUAUUUGGGGAAUAUUCAUAGAGAUCAGUUUUCAUUGUAUUAGAAAGUAAACUAAGGAUUAAUUUAAUCCAGACUCUAAUGAUUAUAAGUGGCAGGCCAACACCAAUAAUUUGUUUCUGAUAGAAUUUCACACUUAGGGCUGUGAAUCACAAAGUGUGGGGGGUGUUUGUGUAUGCAAGGGUUUCCACCACUUCUUUCUGAGGACCUGACCUAAAACAUCAUGUUGGUGGAAAGAUGGUGUGUGUGAAUGUCUGGGGUUUUCUCUGCCUUUUGCCUUUUCAUUUCUAAACUCAUGUCCUGUCAGCUCUGAGGCUGACACAUUUUUACACAAAUCAUGCCUUUUAUACCUUAUUCGUCUGUCAUAAUUGUAUACUUGCUUAGGUGAUCUCAAGGUGAUCCAACCUGGUCAGCCGUGUAAACUGGAUCCUGGUUCUGGGGCCCGUUUCUCCACAGCUGCUUCCCCAUCUGUCCAUACAGGCACACCAGGUAGUGUUGAUGGAAGGUGGAUGUGCUCAGUCUCGCCUUCUCCCCUUGCAGUGCAAUAGUUCAGGUCAUUAUGGGAGACCUUGCUGGGGAGUGUGGAGCAAUCAAGCUGCUGUGUGUCAGCUCAUAUGAACCUACUGCUAGAUCCAGCUCACAGACAGGUCCAUGCUUUAUUACAGGCUAGAUGAGCAGAGAAAACAUUUCUGUGCCUAUAUUCUGCUCCCCUGUACCUCAGAUAGAAUGUAUGCUGGUGUGAAUGUACACACAUACCUGAAGGCAGUGCUCCCUUGGGCAGAUGUGGGAAUUGUCCACCAGGUAACAGAUGCAGUGCUUGUUGGUGUUGGAAACAGGUUGUGAGGGACUCACAGCAGGUAAUUUCUGUGGCAUAUGGUUCUUUCCAGUUACAUGUUCUAAGAAACAAAGCUAUGAAGUUGACUGAGAAUAUCAACAUAUUCCGUAAGUAUGACAUGUCUCCUCUUUUUGUAGAUUUGGUUUUCUUGCAUACUUGAAGUGUAUGAAUUGAUCUUUGUCAUAAAAAUGUAAAUCCAUAUGAAACUUGUUAACUCU